GCGUAGCAAUGCGGUAGUAUAUGAAAAUGGCUGGCAAUUCUCCAAGAACCAAGUACAAGGUCAACAAGCGUGGCUUCUGCUAUGGAUUCCCAGUCAGCUGUUCAGGCCAAGGACGCGGUAAGGAACGGUGUCAUGGCUACUCAGUUGAUGAUCCUGCGAUGAAACUAGGAUUACUACCUUGAGGACGUCCGUCGAUAGCAAAGGGGCUGGGAAACAGAAUGGCGCUGUUGUCACUUUCCACAGACCUUGGCCUUGACCACUAGAGGGAGAGAUGUGCAGGGUUGGCUGAUUGUGUCAAACAAGUAGCCAAGUAGGGCACAUAAAUUUGCUCCGGUGGCACAAAGAAGAAACGGAACAGGACCUUUAUGCGUGAUUUCGAACUAUGGCGAAAGUAAGAUGCGAGCAGAAAGAAUUUGAUGGUACAACAGUUUUGUGUCGUGUCUGUGGUGAUAAAGCCAGUGGAUUUCAUUAUGGUGUCCAUUCUUGUGAGGGGUGCAAGGGUUUCUUCCGAAGAAGCAUCCAACAGAAGAUACAGUACAGACCGUGUACCAAAAACCAACAAUGUUCGAUCCUUAGGAUAAACAGGAAUCGAUGCCAAUAUUGCCGACUUAAGAAGUGUAUAGCAGUGGGAAUGUCCAGAGACGCCGUACGUUUCGGACGUGUACCUAAGAGGGAGAAGGCUAAAAUAUUGGCUGCUAUGCAAAAAGUCAACGCCUGUUCGCAGGAGAAGGCUCUCAAUGCCGAACUGGAGGACGAAAUGAAGCUCUUGACGAUGAUCGUUACCGCUCACGAGGAAACAUGCGAUUACACUCGUGACAAAGUGGCCACCCUGGUGGAAAGAGCUCAAUCCAAACCCAUCUACACUCAUUGUCCUCCUCAUUUGGCAUGCCCGUUGAAUCCCGCACCACAUCCUCUCGAUAAUGGAGGCGGUUCAAGAAUUAUGGAAGAUUUUUCGGAACGUUUCUCACCAGCCAUUCGAGGUGUUGUGGAGUUUGCCAAGCGUCUGCCCGGUUUCAGUUUGUUGGCGCAAGACGAUCAAGUUACUUUGUUAAAGGCUGGCGUCUUCGAGGUUCUUUUAGUGAGAUUGGCUUGUAUGUUCAAUUCGGAAGCUAAUUCUCUAAUCUGUCUUAACGGUCAAGUGUUGCGAAGAGAAGCUCUGCAUUCUGCUAGCAAUGCCCGUUUUCUUCUGGAUUCUAUGUUUGACUUUGCCGAACGUUUGAACAGUCUCCAGUUAUCUGAUAGUGAAUUGGGACUCUUCUGCGCCGUGGUUGUUAUCGCAGCUGAUCGACCAGGCUUAAGAAACGUAGAUUUAGUUCAGAAAAUUCAGAAAAAGCUAACCGACAUUUUACAGAAAGCAAUCAUCAGUAAACAUCCUCAUAAUCCAUCUAUAUUUAACGAACUGAUGAAAAAGAUUCCAGAUCUUCGUACUCUCAACACAUUACACUCAGAAAAACUUUUAGCUUACAAAAUGGAACCAAGAAAUACUUCUGCUACAGCUACUAGCCCUAGCACCUAUCCGGAUAUCCAAGAUGCUUGGAGCCAGUACUCGGCUAUGGUGGUAUCUCAAGAACAUCAGUUAGAAGAUAAUCGAUGUGCCUCACCAGGCCAACAAAGUCAACACAGUGGUAGCACAGCUUGCAGUGAGUGGAGCACCUCAGAUUCCAAAGACGAACACGAUCCUUUUGGCAGUCCCCAAUCUGUCGGAAGUGGUAUGUCCACAGAUGAGGUCAAGAGUCCCAUUAGAUCAUCAUCUUUCUCUAGCAGCAGAAGUUUUGAUACUGAUAGUGUUUGGCCUGGCGAAAUGGUUCAACCUACCGAAAAUCAACAAUCUGUUAAAAGAACGCGUGAAACCAAUGGAGUCGAACAUGGAUGCAGUUCCGGGGACGAGUGCUAUUAUAGUGAGAGCCCUAUGAAAGGCUCUGGAUAUACAAAAAUCCGCCGUGUCGAUUCUCCUACAGACUCUGGUAUUGAAAGUGGUAAGGAACACGGGCACAGUACCACACCUACGACAUCAGUAUGUUCUAGUCCUAGAUCGGCUUUGGAAGAAAAAGUAAAAGACUUUCUAGAUUCCGAUAAUGUAGAGAAACACGAUAGCACAGAAGACAUGCCAGUUCUAAAGAGGGCUCUCCAAGCACCACCACUGAUUAAUACAAAUAUGUUAAUGGAUGAAGCAUAUCGCAAUCAUAAAAAAUUCAGGGCAGCCAGGAGGGAAUCGGAAAGCCCAUCGAGCCCCACCAUCGCCAACAUGUCGUUGGCUAGCACCCACAGCACUUUGGUGAAAACAUUAGAACAAGCACCGCGUUAUAUGAGCGAACAACAAUUGAAAAGAACUGAUCUCAUUCAUAAUAUCAUCAUGAGAACGGAAUCAGUCCCGCAAGAAGGUUCAUCAAACAAUCAGGUAAACAAAUGCCCUCCCGGUUUCUACAUUCCACAUAGCAAUGCACCAAACUACUGUGCCACUUCCGUCUCCUGGCCCAUGGUAAAUGGUCAAUCCAACGGUAACGUACAGGUUCGUCCCAAUUUUAUGAGUCUUGAUAUUCCUCAAGGAGUGACAACUGCAAGCUGUCCGUCUUCGCAGUCGGUCCAAUCUCGUAUCCUGUAUGAGCAUCGUUCUCCUCCACCAUCAACCAACCUAGUCAUCCCUCCUACAUCACCCACAGGAAAUCAAAUGGAAGUUCGUAUACCUUCCAACCCUUCGCCCGCACCGCAAGCAAACUUCACCGAAAUGAUGGACGCUCAACCUUUGAACCUAUCCAAAAAAUCGUGAGUCUAAACAAGAACUUUCUUUGGGACUCCCGAUGAUAACGACGUACAGAUCCAUCGAUCCUAAUGUCAGUCGCGUGCUCUUGCGAACUCCAAACGUCUCGAGACCGAGCACCACCAAUACCAAUCACCAACCACCACCCAUUUGUUGUAAAUAGUUACGUUUUCCGUUUUUUGUACCUUAGCAUUGUAAAAUGUUUUACGGAGGCUGAUGGAUACCAGCUUCAUCUGGUGAUUGUACAAAGUGCUAAAAAUAGAGUUCAAAUGGGAAUGGAGAACGGGACGUUAAGUAGGUAUCUGAUUGUAAAUAUUUCCUUUUCAUCCUAGUAUAAUAUCAGAAAAAAUAUUACUGAAAAAUAUAUAUAUAUAUAUAUAAAUAUAUAUAAAAAAUCAUUAACUUAAAACGAAGAGUGAGAAGAGUGCAAGAAUCCCAAAACCUCCUUUUCCCUUUCUUCCAUUAUGUGAUGUAUUAUUAUGUUCAGUGUUCCAUCAGCAGUAUUAUAUGGAUCGCUGUUGUGUAGUACAUAUUUGUCUUUGUACUUCUGUUCAUUGGAAAUUCAUUAUUUAACUUAGUGUACAGUGUCUGGUGUUGUGAUCGUGUAUCGAAUUCGUGUUCUUGCAAUAAUAAAGAUUUUUUUCUUGGAA